AUGUGGUCCCUCGGCCUUAACAAGGCGGCUUCUUUUGCCUGGGCAAAGCCCAGGCAAACCCUUCAACAACAGGCUAAGGAUCCCCCUUUUCAAUCUGACUUUUCUAUCCUCACUGCACACUUCGCAGCACUUCUUUACAUCCUCAACGGGUGUUCAUUGUUGACUCCGGUCAUCAAUGUUUUCUUGUUGAGGGUGGAACAUUCAGAGAACCUUGGUUGCCUGGAUGUGGGUCGACCAUUCUCCCUGUGGGAAUGCGCUCCCAAAAUGCCUUUGAUGGCAUGUGGCUCUGGGGGUUCGAAAGGACUUUGGACUAUUGGUGUGCGUCUUCGGACAAACCCAUGA